UUCUUGAAAUACGCGACAGCCUCAUACUCCGCUUCCUUCCCUCUCACUGUCACAACUCAUCGUCGCAAAACCACUGAACCAAUCUCGAGAUGGAGUCACGCGUGCUGCUACGCGCCACCGCAACGGUCACCGGCGUCCCGCAGCUGAGGCGACCGAUCAGAGCGAUCAACCGCCAAUUCAGCACUGCGUCGUCGUCGUUCACGGCUUUCGCUAAGCCGAUAGGAUCCAUCGGAGAGGGAGGGAACCUGAUCUCCGGUCGUCAGCUCCGUCCGGUGCUCCUUCUCGAGAGCUCGCCGGAGAAAAGAGAGAUUCUCAAGCCGGUUAGAGCCGCCGCUGCCGAGGGUGGUGAUUCAGCUGGGUAAGCAAUGAGGGAGACGAAAGUUGGAUUCCUCGGGAAGUAUCCGUGGCUUGUCACCGGAUUCUUCUUCUUCAUGUGGUACUUCUUGAACGUGAUUUUCAACAUCCUUAACAAGAAGAUCUACAAUUACUUCCCUUACCCCUAUUUUGUAUCGGUUAUUCACUUGUUCGUUGGAGUUGUCUACUGCUUGGUGAGCUGGUCCGUGGGUCUUCCUAAACGGGCUCCAAUUAACUCGGACAUCCUCAAGGUAUUGAUACCAGUUGCAGUGUGUCACGCCAUAGGCCAUGUUACUAGCAACGUGUCCUUCGCAGCCGUCGCUGUCUCCUUCACUCACACCAUCAAAGCACUGGAGCCAUUCUUCAAUGCGUCUGCUUCUCAAUUCCUUCUUGGACAACCGAUCCCCAUAACACUAUGGUUGUCUUUAGCUCCUGUUGUACUCGGAGUUGCAAUGGCUUCACUCACUGAGUUGUCAUUCAACUGGCUUGGUUUCAUCAGCGCCAUGAUAUCAAACAUCUCUUUCACUUACAGAAGCAUCUUCUCCAAGAAAGCCAUGGUUCUUGAAUCUCUUCUCCACGCUCUUAACUAUGUCUCUGAAGUUUUGAUGUUGAGAAUCGGAUUGUGUUUUUUUUUUCUUUUGCAGACUGAUAUGGACAGUACAAAUGUCUACGCUUACAUCUCCAUCAUCGCUCUUUUCGUCUGCCUUCCUCCUGCCAUCAUCGUCGAAGGGCCUCAACUGUUGAAGCACGGUUUCAAUGACGCGAUUGCUAAAGUGGGAAUGACUAAGUUCAUCUCUGAUCUCUUCUGGGUUGGAAUGUUUUACCAUCUCUACAAUCAGUUGGCUACUAACACGUUGGAGAGAGUAGCACCAUUGACUCACGCUGUUGGAAACGUUCUGAAACGUGUCUUCGUGAUCGGAUUCUCCAUCGUUAUCUUCGGAAACAAGAUAUCGACGCAGACAGGUAUCGGAACUGGAAUAGCCAUUGCUGGAGUUGCACUCUACUCUGUCAUUAAGGCCAAGAUCGAAGAAGAGAAACGGCAAGGUAAGACGGCGUAGAGAGCUACGGCCGAGGGCGGUCAACGGUUGCGUAAACAAAUCCUCCGAUGAAUAUCUAUAUAAUAAAAUAACCAAAAAUGCAAUAGUAUUUUGUAUCGUAUAAAUCAAACAUUGUUUUUGAGUUUCUCUUCUCGUUGUUCUUCUUUAUAAAGCUUUUUUUUUUUU